UUUGCGCAUGUGUAUAUUCUUCUUUGUGCCUUCCGUUCCCAACAGCUAUCGGUGCCAUUUCCAAUCCAAUCCUUAAACAAAGAAAUCAAAUUUGGUUUUCCAAAAGUGGAAGAACAACAGUGUGGAUUAUUAUACAGGAUCGAUCCUUGUAUUCAGAAAUCACGAUAGGAUUUUUUAAAACUAUUUCAUGGUGAUUGAAAGACUUGUCUUCGUUACUCAGUAAAUUUGCACGGCCUAUAUCGACAUCAUUGACAAACGAAUGCGGUAACAUUGGUCAUUGAUUAUUACUAUAAACAUCUUUGCUCGAAUCGUGCGAGCUAGUGCUUGAUCAACGAGAAUGGAAAUGUGUUCAUAUCAACAUCCGUCAGAUGCUGAAUUAGCAUCGGUCAUCAAAAUGAAAAUGAGUUUACCGGUGGUGGUAUCGUCAUCGGCAGGUAAUUCGUCCCUACAUCAUCCUCAUGGUACGAACAGAGCCUCGUCUAUCAUGCAAUUGGCCCAGCAACAUCUACCCAAGUCGGAUAUCGGCAAUGCCGUUGCCAAGGUUUUGCAAGGCUACGAUUGGAACCUAGUGCCAUUGGCAAGCAGCAGGUCGAAUCCAGAAAAGAGAGACACUCACGUCAAACGGCCGAUGAACGCUUUCAUGGUAUGGGCGCAAGAGGCCAGACGGCAAUUAGCCGACCAAUAUCCGCAGUUGCACAAUGCCGAGUUGAGCAAAACACUCGGCCGGUUAUGGAGGGUAUUGAGCGACGACGACAAGAGGCCAUUUGUGAAGCAGGCCGAACGACUACGAGAGCUGCACAAACAAGAGCAUCCCGACUACAAAUAUCAACCAAGGCGGCGCAAGAUUGCUGGCGCUAAAUCAUCGCAAAUGCCGUCGUCGAGCAGCGCAAAUUCGGUUCCUUCCACAGUGGCCAAAACGCGUCUAAAGCAUCAUCACCAUUCGUCAACAAGGAUACAAAAAGAAAGGGAUUCACCUCGUACCGGGACCAAAUCAAUCGGCACUAAAUUACGUAAUCAUUCCCGUUCAGCGAUAAAAGUAGCGACAUCGCCGUCGGGUCAGGCCUCCUCAUUCGACCGUACCGGUGGAAGCGAAGUAAACAGCCAUAAAGUUAAUGCAACUGGUGCCCAUCUUAGCGCUUCCGUUCCUUCGCAGCCAUUAUCAGCUGGAACACCAGAACGCCGAAUUCCAUUAUCUGAAGGCCUCGUCGAGUCUACGCACACUCUAAUCAGCGGUGGGGAAGCUCCAGAUAUUGGUUGUAAAAGCUAUUCAAGCACAAAUGCAACAAACAUCUUGUGCAACGAAACUUCGGUCACUGCCGAUCAAGAAGAAUACAACUCUUACUUUCAGCACAGCGUCGCUAUUGGAGGUGUAGCAUCUGGAAGUGACAUCGGGGCAUUCAACAAUAACCCCAUCUCAUCAUCGUACUCCCAUUCCAACUAUUCUUCCACGAUUCCUGUUACUAUUGCGUCCAAUAAUUGCAUGUACGAGCAGCAAGCCUAUCUAGAUCAUCAGAGCGCAGGAGUUGGUAUUUACCUGCCAUGGUCUCACACGUCCAACAACGUAGGCGCCCUCCUUCAGCGUAAUUACCCUUACGGAAACUGCAACGGUUACGGGCCUUUGCAACAGCAGCAAGCGACCUCGUCGGAAGACAGGAGUGAUUCCGCCCAAUCCUACGUCUCUUCUCCUCCAAGUUGCACGUCAUUGAAUUCGCCAGUCGCCUCGCCGAUUGCAGCUGCGAUUGCUGCAACUACGAACUUUACGUACAGCAGCUGCAGCAGCAGUCGUAGUAACAGUAACUGUAACAGCCCCGCUGCUCAACACGCUCAACAUCAGUCAAGCUAUCAGGAACUUUACUCAUCGCGUUUGCAACCUGGUGGUGCAGUUAUGAAUGCACCUCAACAUCAGCUAGAACACCCUGGUGCGAAUCCUGCAAGAGGUCCGACGACUUCAUCCGUCGAAGCCAAUGCUGCUCAAUAUUUUUACGGCCACGCAUCUUCUAUAACAGGGAAUUCAGUGCCAGCUAAUGUGGUGGAUGCUUAUCAGCAACACUCGUACUUGCCUUCUUCACCACCAACAUCUUCUACCACCAAACCUAGUGUAGCGACUGCAGCCGGAAUUUUUACAGGGGGUUUGGAGCCGUGGCUCAACUAUAUGUAAACCUGCAUA